UAUCAUCUCAACGGGGAAAGAAGCAAAGCAACUGCACUUUAUCGCACCUAUUCUCAUACUCGUAUGCUGCAAGCUGGACAACGUGGAAAUCCUUGUUGAAGAGGAUAUGGAUGGCAAGAACGUUCACAUCAAUGGCAAGUUCGAGUUUAUGUUGAAGCAAAGAAGGACGACAUUGAGCGCAGGGUAUGAUGCAGGAUUUGCUGGGCUGCGAAGCAGUUACGGAUAUAGAGCACCUGGAUUGUGUCUACAGCAUUGUUACGAACUACAAAGAAUAGAUAUUCUUGCGAAGUCUCAACAGCCGAAUUGA